CCAUUUCUUCACAUCCCACCCAACCCAGCUAUGUUGUCUCGUAGAUAGCAAGGUAAGUAGAUUGUUGCUCGUUACAAGGCAAGGGUGGUCUACGAUCACUUCGACCAGCCGGAUACGGGCGAGGGGAGACGAAGAUGAAGAAGUACAAUCCGACGCAGAUAGCGAAAGGUCAAGCCUUAAGUUCUUCAACCGGUGUACAGUGAACAUGGUGUCGGUAGACGAACCCGAAGAGGACGAUGAGGAAGAUGAAGUGUACGAGUUCGCCGAAGAAGAGACAGAACAGGAAUCGAACCCUAUCCCGCCAACUGAAGAUGAAGUCCGGGAACACAACCUCGGAACUGCCGAAAACCCCCGACCAAUCUUCCUCAGUGCUCUUCUGGGUGAGGAAGAAAGAGCAGAAUACAUGCGCCUGUUACAGGAGUUUUCCGAUGUAUUCGCAUGGAGCUAUGCGGAAAUGCCUGGACUUGAUCCGGAGGUCGCGAUGCAUCGUCAACAUAUCAGGGAAGAUGCAAAGCCAGUGAAGCAACCCCAAAGGAAGUUUCACCCGGCGAUCAUGGAGAAGAUCGAGAAGGAAGUCCAGAAGCUGAAGGACGUAGGCUUCAUCCGUGAAGAACAGCACCCAGACUAGUUGGCGAACAUAGUCCCAGUAACUAAGAAGAACGGUAAAAUCCGUGUUUGUAUAGACUUCCGUAACCUAAAUGAUGCGUGUCCAAAGGAUGAAUUCCCUUUUCCAAUCACAGAAAGAAUGAUAUAUAAGACUUUUGAUUACGAGCGUAUGUCUUUCAUGGAUGGUUUUUCCGGUUACAACCAAAUCAAGAUGUACCCAUAAGAUCAGAAGCACACUUCAUUCCGUACCCCAUUCGGCGUUUACUGCUACACAGUAAUGCCGUUUGGACUCAAGAACAAAGGUGCGCCUUACGUGAUAGGGAUUCAAAAAAUACCAUGACCAAGAUCUUCAAUCAAGGACAUGUUGCAUAAGACGGUCGAAUGUUAUGUGGACGACCUUGCAGUCAAGAGCCGAGACAAAGAAGAUCACCUGCAAUACCUCCGAGCGGUCUUCGAAAGGUUACGACAGCACAACCUGAAGAUGAACCCGUUAAAGUGUUUCUUUGGGCUGUCUUCGGGCAAGUUUCUGGGAUUAAUUUUGCGGAAAGACGGUAUCCAAGUCGAUCCUGCAAAGAAAAAAGCCAUCCUCGAGAUGAAGCCACCUCGGAAUAUAAGAGAGUUGAAAGGACUUCAAGGACGUCUCGCCUAUAUUAGAAGAUUCAUUUCCAAUCUCUCCGAAAGAUGUCGACCCUUCUCUAAGCUCAUGAAAAAAGGGGUUCACUUUGUCUGGGACGAGGCUUGUGACAAGGCCUACGAAGAUAUCAAAGAGUACCUGACCAAGCCUCCGGUAUUGGCUGCCCCCGUAGCAGGCAGACCAUUCAUUUUGUACACAAAGGCUUUAGAUCAUUCACUGGGGGCAAUGCUCACCCAUUAUAACGAUGAAGGGAAAGAGAUGGCUCUGUAUUACCUUAGUCGAAUGAUGGUGGGGGCAGAGCACCGUUAUCCACCAGUUGAGAAAGAGUGUCUGGCCCUUAUGUUCGCGGUACAGAAAGUUAGACAUUACCUUCUCCCCCAUACCGUUUACCUUGUUUCCAGGGUAAACCCAUUGAAGGUUCACACAAGUCACGUAGCAGAUAACGCCGGCUGGGAAGUGAGACAUUAGCAAAACAACACGUGCGUACUAUGAUCGACUUUGAGAUUUUCUUCCAGUGUUUUGCUGUAGACCACUAUAUCAUCCAGGUACACCACCACGAAUUUAUCCAAGUACUCGUGGAAGAUGUUUUUCAUUAGCGUGCAGAAGGUUGCGGGUGGCUUCGUCAAGCCGAAGGGCAUGACUAAGAACUCGAAGGCACCGUAGCGGGUGACACAUGUCGUCUUAGCUUCAUCCCCUUC